ACACGUUAGAUAAACGUCAGGAAUAACAUUCUGUUUUUUGUUACACAAGUAGAAGCAUAUCUGUUUUCAUUGACGGGCGUUAAUUUGUUGGAAGUCGUCGUCGAAGUCCAACUCGCCAAUUAGCCAACCGGGAAAAAGGAAACUUCAUGGAGCUCAGUUUUCUGUUUUCGUUUUGAAAAAUAAUUAAUUUCUUCGGUGAUAUUAUUGUGGAUUCAAACAAAUUUCUUAUCGUUUGAAUCAUCGGUCUACUCAAGUAGAAUCAAGUUAAUGUCAAAUGACGUUUUACAAGGAACUCGAGGUGAACUCAGUAAGGGCGGACUAAGGGCUUGCCUUGGCCGACCUGCAGACUCAAUCUCGUCUUUUGGGUGAAGGGAGUUCAUGGCGGACCUCGUCGGGGGAGCUGCUGUUGGUGCAGUAUUUGGUGAAUUACUGAAGGCAAUAAUUAGCGAGGCAAAUCACGCUUCGCAUUUCAAAUCCAGUUUCAAGCGCCUGAAAUCCACGCUUACGGGAAUAAACCCAAUCGUAGACAAGAUAGCAUCAAUGAACCAACAGUUGGAUCGCCCAGAAGAUCUCAAAAUUUUGAUUGACAGUAUGAGGGAAGGAGAAAAACUGAUUAGUAAAUGUUCAGAAGUUCGCCGUUAUGAUUUUUACAAGAAGGUUCGUUAUUCGAGGAAGCUUGACAAGUUAGAUCGGAUGAUCAGUAAGUUCUUCCACCUCGAUCUGCAGCUGCAGCAAGCCAGAGAUCAGAAGGAGAUUCUUUUGGAGGUCAAAGAUAUGCGUAUGGAGAUUAGGAGAUUAAAUUUGAAGGACAACAAUGGUGGUGGUUUCUGUGAGAUGGAGUUCACAGGGUUAUGCCCUGCUCCCGCACCUUCCGAUUUUACUAUUGGAUUGGAUGUGCCAUUGAAGGAAUUGAAGAUGGAGCUGUUUGAGGGUGGGAAAUCAGUGAUCGUUGUGUCUGCUCCAGGAGGUUGUGGGAAGACAACAUUGGUUAAAAAGCUUUGCCAAGAUGAUGAAAUUAAAGACUCUAAAUUCUUCCCUGUGGCUAGUAAGUUGAAGAUUUUUUCAUAUAUGAAAACUCUUCAUGGUGGGUAUGUGACCCUCCUAGGUGAUACCAACCAUGUAGAGCAAUAG